GAGUGAGUGUGUGUGUGUGUGUGUGUGAGAGAGAGAGAGAGAGAGGGAGCGCGCGCGCAAACACACCAGGGCGAAAGUCUGAGAAAUUUCAACCAAAAAUACAAUCUUUAACCAUCUUUAACAGAAGAGGGACAUUUAAAGCCUGGAUCAGAACACCACAGACGUCACCACGAUGUUUGAGAAGCAGCCGUACGACAGCCCGCCCAUGUACAGCCCGCCUUUGAACCAUUUUAGCGCCAUACCCCACGGCAGUUUCCUCCCUCCUCAGAGCGAGGCCGACGCCUACCCCCCGCCCCCUGGGUCGUACUACAUGGCGGAGGAAGUGCCGCAGCAUUUUUACAAAUGGACGUCUCCUCCGGGGAUCGUGAAGAUCAUGGAAUGCGCCGUGGUGGUUCUGUGUCUCGGGAUCUUCGCCUGCGUCGCGUCGACGCUCGUCUGGGAUAUGCAGUACGGCUACGGCCUUGGGCCCGGAUAUGGUCUGGGCGGUUACGGAUCUAGCUACGGAGGCUCCGGGUACUACGGCUCCGGGUACUACGGCUCCGGGUCCAGCUACUAUGGUUCCGGGUACUACGGAGGCUACAACACCAUCAGCCAGUAUUCCGCCAAAACCGCCAUGAUCGCCAUGGCCGCCAUCAACUUCAUCGUGGCUCUGGCGCUCUUUGUGGCCACUUUCUCCAAAACGAGUACCAUCCGGAGCAGGAGAUUCUACCUGAUCGUGCUGGUGUCCGGCGCCAUCCUGGCCGUGCUGCAGGGCAUCAUCAACAUCGUGUACAUCGUCGGCGUGAACCCCAUGGCCCAGAGCACAGCCAGUGCCUACUACAACCCCAUGCUGAUGAUGUGUCAAAGUAUGUACGGGAACAGCAUGACGGGCGGGGGAUUACCGCUCUACAACCAGUACCUCUACCACUACUGCUACGUGGAUCCUCAGGAGGCCGUAGCGAUGGUGUGCGGCUUCUUGGUUGUGAUUGCGUUAGCUGUCGCCGCGUUCUUCUCCUAUAAAACCAGAAGUAGGAUCUGGCGUUAUGGAAAACCCAACGUGUACUGGGACGAACCGCUGACUGGCGGGCCCGAGGGCCGAGACGUGGAGGACUGGGUGAAUAACGUUGGUGAUGGACAGAGCAUCCACGAGGCGUCAGUGAUGUUCUCAGAGAAAGGAGCCCCACUCCCUUUGAACAUGUCUCAGAGUGUCAGCUCCAUCCCCUUCAACAGCGACCCCUACACACCCCCCGCGUACUCAGAGCGUGUGCUGAGUCGCGCUCAGGAGCCGGAGAGUUCGAGUGUGUCUGAGAGAACCGACAGGAAGCCGGCCGCACUGCGCGGGAAACGCCGCCGGAGGAACCCUGAACUGGACGAGUCCCAGUAUGAAACCGAGUACACCACAGGAGGGGAGACUGGGAACGAACUGGACCCCAGUUACUGGAUCAGCGUGUACCCAGAGAUCACGUCGAGCACUCAGAGACAGGAGUACAAGCGCGAGUUCGACUCGGACCUGCGCUCCUACAAACAGCUGUGUGCCGAAAUCGACGACAUCAACGAUGAGCUGAACAAACUGAGCCGAGAGCUCGACACACUCGGCGAGGGGACGAGCAAGUACCAGGUUGUCGCAGAGGAAUUUAACCGUCUGAAGGACCUGAAGCGGAUGCCAGAUUAUCAGGAGAAGAAGCAGCGAUGUCGCCGCCUGCGCCACAAACUCUUCCACAUCAAACGCAUGGUGAAGAAUUACGACCGGGCUCAGCACUAAACCUCCACCUGACCUUUUAACCCCCUCCUCAACCUCCGAGUGUGUGUGUGUGUCUGUGUGUCUGUGUGUUUGUGUGUGUGUGUGUGUGUGGCUGCCAGAAACUGAACCUAAUGAUCAGCCAGCAGCUCAAAAUUCAAACUCCAUUAACGGUUUCUCUACGUGCAUUGGUAUUAAAGUGUGUAUUAAAGUGUGUGUGUGUGUGUGUGUGUGUGUGUGUGUGUGUGUGUGUGAGAGAGAGAGAGAGAAAGGUGGGGCUCAGACUGAUAAGGACUCUGUGAAAAGUUUUGCUUUUUGUAAGCGAUACAGAGAAAUGUACAUUGUGAUAACAAGGGUGUGUGUGUGAUAUUCAGGUUGGGUUUUGGUGCUUUAAGCUUUUUCUCUUUCUGUUCUAAUCUCCUCUUAUCGGUGUGUGUGUGUGUGUGUCGGGGCUAAGAGAAUUCAGUUCAUUACAAAUUUCGAAAAAAUAACAUUUAAAACAUAAAGUUGCAAAUUUUAUAUUUUGUGAUGAAGCGAUGUGUUAAUCAGAUCACACUGAAUCGACUUCGUAUGAAAAUCCGUUUAAGAGUGAUUUAUUUAAUUUUACUUUAUAUGUACAGUUCAAUUACAGACAGAAUCAUAUUAAACACCUACCCCCCCCCCCCCCCCCUCCCCCAAAUCUGGUGUGACCUCUGCAGUAAAAAGUGUGUACAGUGAUUUUGUUUAGACACAUUGCAUCUCACGCUCCUGAACCAUACAGCAGUGUGUGUGUGUGUGUUUGCCACGCACUGAUCAGGUUUAAGGACAAGCUGAUUUAUUUCUUCUUUUAUUUGUCUGAAUGUUCCUCUAUGCAACUCUGAGUAUGUAAGUGCUGUUAAAUCAUCAAUAAUGAUGAAGUCUGUAUUUUUUUAAAUAACUGUAAUAUGAAGAGAUUUGAGUGUACAUCAUCACUGCCGUGUGUUUCUGAUUAAUAAUCACCAGAUCAAACAUCUGUUUAUUUUUCUGUUAGACUUCAGGGUUUACUUUCAUCCUGUGGAUUUUUAUUUUUGUACAAAAACAAUAAUAAUAAUCAUAAUAAUUGACAUCUGUGACUUUUUUUCACUUAUAUUAAUGUUCAUGUUUAAAAAGAAAAAGUGAUUUUUUUUAUUAGUUUAUUAUGUUGUUUAUUUUUUGAAUAAAGUGAGUUUUGUAUUGCAGGUGUUUGUGCAGCUCUGAUCAAACUGAGGCAUCUGUAAACAUGUUAAUGAUCAAAUCCUAAUAAUUACACUGAUAUUUAAUUCAUUAUUUAUAUAGUAAAUUAUUAGUACAAUAAUGAAAAAGUACAAUAAUAAAAAAGAGUAACACGUUCAAUGUUAUUGAUUAAUGUGUAUAUAUAGCACUGAUUAUUACAUUUAAUUACUAUAUUUUGUGCGUGACAAACUGCUUCAAGUGUUAUAUAAAAAUAAAAAAUAUUAAAGAUGUAGGUUGAAUGCAAACGUAGCUGCAAAAAGUUUUAUAUAAUAAUCAGUACAUAUCUAUAAUCUACAGGCUGACCCAUAAGUCAUAGGAAUAAUCUAUAUUUAUGUUUAUUUAAAUAGUUUGUGUAUUUUUAUAGAUCUAUCUGAG